AUGACCUCGCAACCAUUCGCAGCCUCGUCAAUAGGCCUCGACAAUAUGAAGCUCCCAAGCGAUCUCGAGCAAAUCUCUGGUCUGACCGUACAGCAAACCAAAGCAGGAUUUCCAACGCUAGUUGUGUCCUUCGAGGGGCCCAAUGACCCCAUGAACGCGCAGAAUUGGUCUGCUAGUAAGAAGUUGAGAAAUUUCCUUGCGUAUAGCUACCCUUGCUUUGUCACUUCCUUCUCAUCAGGUGCGCUUUCUCCAGCCACCGGACAGAUAGCGAAAGAUUUCCAUGUCUCCCCGGAAGUCGCCUUGCUCUCUACCACUACGCUCUUCCUUCUCGGAUACACCGGAGGCCCGUUUGUCUGGGGCCCAUCCUCGGACUAUUAUGGACGCAAAAUACCUAUGAUGAUUUCCGUCUUUGGUGCACUUUGCUUCGGCGCCGGAGCCUCAUCCGCGAAAGACUAUCAGACGUUAUCCCUAUGUCGAUUCUUCCAGGGCGCUUUUGGCAGCUGUGGCAUUGUCAUUCCCAUGGCGGCUUUUGCAGAUAUGCUCAAUCCGGAGUUUUGUGGGUACGCCGCCAUUGUUUUUGUUUUCAUCGUGCUAUCGGGGCCUCUGAUCGCCUCGCCUAUCUCGGGAUUUACUGUCGACAAUGACUCACUCAACUGGAGGUGGUGUUCAUGGUGGACCGUGUUUGCUAAUGCACUGGCUCUUGUUUGCAUGAGCUCUGUGGUCGAGUCCUACACUCCUUACCUCCUUCAGCAAAAAGCACUGAAACUCCGACAUACCACUGGCGAAUUUUCCAUUCAUGCACCACUCGAUGAGAACAAACGCAGCCUGAAGCAGGUGCUCAAGAUGCUUGCCACUCUUCCCUUUAUCAUGGGCGCGAAAGAACCUAUUCUCGCUUUGAUUAGCAUUUACCUAGCGUUUGUAUACGCUCUGGUUUAUGUGUUCCUCAUAUCCUAUGAUCUCGUCUUUAUCGACGGCUAUCAUAUGUCUAGCGGUGUUGGCGGUCUCACCUUGCUGUCGCUGGUUCUGGGUUGUGGCUUGGGAGUAGCGGCGAGUAUUCUGGAUCAACGUCGCAUGUUCCACAAAAUGGCGUCGAAUGGCGGACUCAUGAUUCCAGAAUGGAGGAUGCCACUGUGCAGCGCAGGCGCGGUGGCAUUUGCCCUCGGUCUGUUUUUCUUCGGUUGGACGGGUGCCUAUCCUGACCACAUCCACUGGAUUGUACCCGUCACCAGCGGACUGGUGACAGGUUUUGGCCUGUUGGUCAUCUCUUACUGCAUGUUCUCAUUCAUCAUUGACGUCUACAAGAUCAACUCAGGGCCUGCCCUGGCAAUGAAUGCGAUUGUUCGGAGCUCACUGGGGGCAGGAUUUCCACUGUUCGCAAGACAGAUGUUUGAAAAUCUUGGGAUACAAUAUGCCAGCACCCUUCUUGGGUGUCUGGCUGCAGUCAUGAUUCCAGUGCCGUUCGCCUUUUGGAGAUGGGGACCUCGUAUUCGCGCGAGGAGCACGUUCGCAAUGGCUAGUCCGCCUUCAGAUGCCAUAAAGGCUGAGAAUAGAGGAAUGAGAGCAGAUAAUUAG